GUAGCUGGCUGCAUGGACACGGAGGCUAAAGCUGCGGAGUACACGGGCAAAAUUUCUUCCACAGAAAUGGCAACCAUCUACACGCAGCUGCGCCAGACAUUUUGUAAAGACACUGUUAACGGCCGCCGCUACAAGGCGGAAGAACUCACGCGGUGUCAAUCCAUGCUUCUAG